AUGGGCCAAUUCGGCCGGGCACAACCGGCGCAUGACGCGAUGGACCAGAUCGUGUUGGACGAGUCGGACGAUGGCGCUGAGGCUGCGAUCCCCGGCAGCCCGAACGAUGCUCUUGUACAGGCGCCUCCCGUACGGUUCGCUUCGAACUGGUGGCGCAUGCUAACCUACGCAGGUAUGACUUGGUAUUGCUUUCACUCCUCCCAGCCGGACGAGUGGUGGGCGGUGCUAUUGAAAAAGUCCGUGACUACAGCUUGGUUGAGGACGAUAUGCGGGUACAGCACAUGGGUGGCCACGGAUGACGCG